AUCAAUUCUCAGAGGCCAGGAGGAGUUGCUGUGACGCAGGCGGCUGGGUUCAGCCCCAACGUUCAGCUGCUUCUGAAUGACUGGAGAUCCACGCAGCUCGAAUCAGCACCAGGCAGGCGGCGGAGCUGAGCUACUCCGGUAGGAUUGCAUGACAACGACUGAAAUCUGCUGGCAGAUGUAAAAGAUCCUGUGGUCCCAGUUUGAAGAAGAACAGGGGAAUUCUUCCUGGCGUCCUGGGCCAAUAUUUGUUCUUCAGUUGUCUUAGCUAAAAAUCUAUUGAAAAUGACGAAAGAAAAUGUGAUGGAUGUUGCUUCAGAGGAAGAGCACAAAGAGCCCCAGGAGCAUCAGCCGGCAGAGUUCCAGAGUCCAGUUCUAGAGAGACGCAAAAAGCCUGUUAUUCACCCAUCUGCCCCAGCCCCACUGCCGAAGGAUUAUGCCUUUACGUUCUUCGAUCCAAAUGACCCGGCCUGUCAAGAAAUCCUGUUUGACCCCCAGACCACCAUUGCUGAGCUCUUUGCUAUCAUCAGACAGUGGGUCCCUCAGGUGCAGCAUAGGAUCGAUGUCAUUGGAAAUGAGAUUCUCAAGCGAGGUUGCCACGUGAAUGAUAGGGAUGGACUGACCGAUAUGACCUUGUUGCACUACGCGUGCAAGGCAGGAGCGCACGGGGUUGGGGAUCCCGUGGCUGCUGUGCGCCUGUGUGACCAGCUGAUUUCUCUGGGAGCUGAUGUGGGACUCCGCAGUCGUUGGACCAACAUGAAUGCCCUUCACUACGCUGCUUAUUUUGAUGUCCCAGAGAUAGCCCGGAUCCUCCUGAAGGCUCACAAAUCGAAAGUGCUGAAUUCCACCUGCAGUGACUUCAACCACGGCACAGCCCUGCACAUUGCAGCUUCAAACCUCUGCCUGGGAGCUGUGAAGUGUCUCCUUGAGCAUGGGGCUAAUCCAGCAGUCAGGAAUCGAAAAGGACAAGUACCCGCGGAUGUGGUCCCAGAUCCGAUGGAUAUGACUCUGGACAAAGCUGAGGCAGCGAUGGUUGCUAAGGAACUAAAGCAGCUGCUGCUCGAUGCAGUACCUCUGAGCUGUAACCUUCCCAAGGUCACCUUGCCAAACUAUGACAACAUCCCAGGCAACCUGAUGCUCACUUCACUGGGUCUCAAACUAGGGGACCGCGUUGUCGUAGAUACAGAUAAGGUUGGAACGCUGCGAUUCUGUGGCACCACUGAGUUUGCCAGUGGACAGUGGGUUGGCGUCGAGCUAGAUGAGCCCGAAGGGAAGAAUGAUGGCAGCGUUGGAGGGAUAAGCUAUUUCAUUUGCCCUCCGAAACAUGGUUAUUUUUCUCCAGUGUCUAAAAUCAGUAAAGUUCUCGAUCAGACCCCAUCUUCUGUAACCUCGACACCUAAAACACCCAGAAUGGAUUUCUCUCGAAUGACUGGGAAGAUGAAGAAAGAUAAGAAAGCCAUGAGAAGGAAGUCCCUGUCUGUGGGAAGCCUUGAUCGAGAAGGUGCGAAGAUUGAGAUUGGAGACCAAGUGUUGGUUGCGGGUCAGAAACCAGGAACAAUUCGGUACUAUGGUAAAACGGAUUUUGCUCCAGGGUAUUGGUACGGUAUUGAGCUGGACAAGGCGACUGGGAAGCACGAUGGCUCAGUGUUUGGUGUCCGAUACUACACCUGCUCUCCAAAAUACGGGGUAUUUGCUCCUCCUUCCAGGGUGCAGAGGAUUGCUGGGCCCAAAGGACCCCCGGCUGAUGGGACCAUUGGCAAAAAAAUUCACCAAGUAACAAUGACUCAACCCAAGAGAAAUUUAGCAGCUGUGAGGACUCCCAAAGACAUUGCAUCAGAGAGUUCCAUAUCCAGAUUACUCUUCUGCUGUUGGUUCCCCUGGAUGCUGAGAGCAGAAAUGCAGUCGUAAAAAAAACCUUCUCACCCUCCUCCUUGGACUCUACUCUUCCUCCUCAACUUGGUUCUUUAUUUGUGCUUUGGAGAAAGACUGCCGAUCACAAUCUUAGAUACUUAGUUCAGCCAGAUGCAGUCAUAGUUGAUUCUAGUGCCUUGUACCUUGAUUAAAUAUCCCUGCAUUCCACAGUAAUUGAAAUAGAUGAGAUGACCUUUCCUUUGAUACUGAUUGAAAGAUAAAUAUAUAUAUAUAAAAAUAUAUAUAAAUUAACGUGAAGAUGGUUUGUGAUUCCUGUCUAUUUGAUUGAUAAAAGCCAAGGUUGUGUUUACUGUCAAAAUAAUGGCCUAUACCAUGGUACUGAGAAUCUGAGAACUUCCCUGUGUGGUGAAAUUUAUGUCAUGUUGGUGUUUCAACUGUUUUGCUAUAUCUUGGAGCGUUAAGGGAAGUGAAUUGUAUUUGGGAUUCCAUGAGACUGCUCAGGAAGAAUGAGUUAUUGAGUGCUUCAGUUAAUGCCUGAUGGGAAUAAAUACAUAAAAUGCUGUUCAAAUAAAAACCAAAAAUAAAGUUCAGGAAGGAUUAACAUCUGCACUACUGUUUAGAGGGGCUUGAGAAGGUACGAUGAAUUUUUAUUACAACUUGUCAAUAAUUCAUUUUUCAUUUUCUCAUCUCCCCAUCUCUCGAAGUCUGGUUUAACAGGGAAGCCUCAACAUUGAGUGGGGACGGGCUAUUUAACUACCAGAGGCAUCACAACUUAAGUUAGAUCUUGCUCAAGUCCCCCAUUGUGCUGUUUUAGGUAAGUAUCAUGUAAUAUUAGUGAGCGGCAAUGCAUCUACCCCAUCUCCAUCAACACCCACCCUUCCCACCUCCCUCGCUUUCCCCACAGGCAUUGGAGCUGGGAAGAAUGAGUGCUCUCAAACUGAGCCCUGAAUGAGGACAGCCAACUUGGCAAGACCUGGGAGCAAAGGACUGCUGGAAUCUGGGAUCUUCCUGUGCUUCACAGGAAACAUUUCAUUUCUUCUUUUAUCUUGAAUAUUUGAAAUUGGAUGAAGAUUAAUUGGAGACUUCACUUGAAGUUAUCCAUCUUCUAUUUGGCUGAAAGCAUUACUGUCUCAUUAUUAUUCAGACUGAAUGCCAUCAGAUGCCAGCAUUGUUUAAUUUGCACUAAUCUUUUCAGGCCCUAAAUCCAAUUUAUAUUUUCCAGCCAUCUCGGAGUAGAAUCUGAUUUACAGCAUAUUUCUUUGUGGGAGGGGUGUUAUCUGUUAUUUCAAGAUGAAUUUCAUCUCUUUAUUUCCAACUUUUCCACCUCAUGUUCAGCUUUCAACCAAUAGAUGCUGGCACUAUUUGUGAAAUGGGUUUGUCGGUCUCAGUUUAGGUCUCAGAGUGAAGUAUUUCAAGCAAGAACUGCUCCAGGCUUGGUACUGAGCUGUUAGAGGACUGGCUAGAGAAUGGCCAGUACAAUGAGUGUCCUUCUGAAGUUGGAAUGAGGUACAUUGUUGGACAAGAGGGAGCUGCAUGCUGUAUCUUAUCCAUGAUCCUCCCCAACCUGUUUGCACUUGCUGCUGAUACAGAGGUAGUUACUCAAUCCACAACACAAGGUUUCCUCACCUCGAUUGGAACAAUAGGUUAUAGCUGAUUCAAGGUAUUCGGAAAAGGGAAAAUCACUACAUCAUCAGGCAGGAGAUCUUCCUUCCUCUGCUGACCACAUAACCCAGCAGCAUCCUGCUCUGAUUUGGGAUUGUUGUCUGUCAGGAGAAAUUCAUUGGAAUGUUCUACUUUGGAUAACCAGGUUUUAGCUUAUAAGUGAAUGUAGGGUCCCGAUUUCUGGUUAACCAAGAACACUAAACGUCAAAGUCUCCAAAUGCAACUUCAGAAAACAUCUGGUGUAACGUCCUCUGUAAGUUUGACAGUGAGCAAAAAGCAUGUGUAUCAGAAAAUAUAAAACGAAAGAUCUGGGAGAACAAAGGUAACCUCUAGCUGUUGCCUCGUUUGUAGUCAGGCCUGACUCCGAUGUUUAGGUGAGACAGCCAAACAUUUUGGAAGUUGGAAACCAGACAUCUAAAAUCUUUAAGUGUGUGUGUUUUUUCUUAAAAGGUUGCCUCAUAUCAUUUCUAAACCUUGUCAUGUGGGAGCUUUUGCCAAACAAACUUUUAAAGAUAUUUCACCUACAGCAAGAUGGUAUUGAUUUCUGGGUGCCAGUGACUAACUGCGAUCUUAGAAAAAAAGUCGUUGAGAUCCAGGAAUCUUGCAUAAUAGAACCUGAAAUUGACAUUUCAAUUACACUGAAGCCGAGGGCCUCAUUUAAAGUUUAGUGAGUUUUCUCUAUAAUGGCCUCUUGUGAUUUAUUUCCAUGUUUUCACUGAAUCACAAGAAGCAAUCAUCAAUGAAAUUCCUCCAAAUCAGAGAUGGGUUUCUGCACUUCAUCAUCAGCAGUGAGGAGGUGAGGGCCCCAAGCACUGGUCUCCCUCAACCCAGUCAUGCUCCUCUCCUUUAUCCUGCUCCAUGUUUAGUUUUAAAUUUAUCAAAAGGCAGUGAUCAUACAGCUAAAGAGCAAAGCUGCUGUGAAUGUGAAGUGGGAGCUGGAAACACAAGCCACCUUCUCCCUGAAAUUGUUACUUUAAUGUACGAAUCACCGUAAAAAAGAAGUCUUGUAUUAACAUCUGCGAGAGAGUGAGUGUUUCUUGGUAAAUUUGGCAGCUACAGGAUUGCAAUCUCUUUUAAAGAAAAGAAAGUAAUGUGGAAAGAUGGAAGGUGAAACAAACGGAACGAGCUGAGCAACCAAACAGAUGCGUAGCGAGAAACAUUGGAAAUUCCUGAUGUUUUUGGUUAAAUGUGCUUUAAGUACAUUGAGCUUGGUGUUAAAAGUCUUUUGUAACAUGAUUGCUCGAUUUAUUCCUCUAAAAUAUGCUGAAAAUUGUAUUUUUUUUUCCUCUCCUUGAUUCUAAUGUUAAUUAACAUAAAUUUUGAGGAAUUUGUCUUGUCCCUGAGAAUAAUGAUCUUGAAAAUGUGCUCAUGUUCACAAUAAGCUCUCCCUUCUCUAAUUGCCCCUCUCCUUACUUCGCCCUCCUCACUGCAUUAUCUUUCUUUCCCUUUCCUUUGCCUUUCCUGCCCCCUUUUUGCACCUGAGCCUCCCUGCUCUCUUUCCUGUACCUAGUUUUCUCCCCUCAUGAUUCCCCCCUUCCAUUUUCAAAGUUGUCGCAAAUAACUUCAGUUUUAUAGCAAAACCACAGAUCACAUUGAAACAUAUAAAAUUCAGGCAGGACUGAAUGAACUGGAUGUAGGAACGAUGUUUCACCUGACCAUGGAUGGAAGAGUUAGAGCAAGGGUUACUUUUUUGAGAUGUAGAGUAGGCCGAUUCAGGACUGAAAACAAGUGGUGAAUCUGUGGAAUUCUCCAGCAUAGAAGGUGGUGAAGGCUAACUCACUGACUGCUGUACAUUAAAUACAUAAGGAGUAUGGGUAGAGAGCAGGAGUAUGAAGUUGAGAUGGAAGAUCAGCCACCUGAUUUAUUGAAUAAGUGAAACAGGUUCGAAGGGGUGAAUAGCCAGCUCCUCCUCCUGUGCUGCUAUGAGUCUAAUCUCUGGAAGUUCUCCAGUGAAGUCAAACCAUAUUAAAAGAUACAGUGUUCACAUGUGGCUGUGCAUUAAGGGAAUCAGUGUUGUCUGGUUAAUUAUUCCAGCUAUGUGCUUUCACUCAUGAUGUUACCCCUUGAUAAUAAUUUGAAAUAUAAUUUUAUAAUUAUUACUGAUAUUACCUCAGCUAAGUCAUUAAUACUGAUUUUAUCAUUUAUCUUGGUGUCAUUAUAGAGCUUGCUGUGUGCUAAUUGGCUGUUCCGUUACAUUCAUACUUACACUUAACAUUGGCUAUAAAAAUGUCAUGUGGAGCUGGAGGAAUGCAGUGGGCCAGGCAGGCUGUGUUAUCUCUGAUUCCAGCAUCUGCAAUUCUUGCAAUCUCUGUUAAAAAUGUUGUCCCCUGUUUCCUCCCUUCAGACACACCCCUCCAACCACUUUUCUCAUGAAAAGCUAGGCAAUGAGCGGGAAGGCUGUUUGGUUAAGGGAGGCACUGCAGCAAGACCAGAUUCUGCCACAGUUCCCAUGUUCACCGCUCACGAGCAAAAGAAACAGGCUUAGUGCAAGUUUCUAAUCUUUGUCAAGUCUCAAAUUGCUUAACUCAAAACCCCACAAGUUUCCUACAGUCAGCCUCAAUGUUGCAUUGCUCCUCUGUAUCCACCAGGGGAAGUCUAGUAGCAUUCCUGACUAAUCUCUGUUGGUUAAUUAAUUAACUUUUCACUCCAUCUUUAUGAAACUUAUAAAAUUGAUUCAGCCUAGAGAAAAUCUUGUGUAAGCUCAUGUAAUCAUAUUAGUGGAAGUUAUGGAGUAUUAAAAUACAAUCAGAAUUACUUUGUUCAUACUUUUUUGUCCAUCCACAGUUAACACAAAAUAACACCUAUCUGCAUUUACAUAGCACCUUUAAGGAUGAAAAAUAUCCAAACGCAUUUCAUCAGAAUUAUCAGCAUUUAAAAUUUUAUAUCAAGCUACAACAAGGAGGAAUUCUAACAUCCUUAGUCAAAGAGGUCAAUUUUAAAGAACAUCUUCAGGGAGGAGAGAGUGAGUUUAGAAACAGAAUUCCAGAGCUUACAGUCCAGAUAACUAAAGGCAUGGUCACCAAUAGUAGGGCUGGAAGUAAGAAUGCAUAAUCCAAGUUCGUGCAAGUGUCUGACUGGUCACAUAUUGCAACAACAACGGAUUUCUCGGUAACAAAUAAAGUGCUCUACACAGAGCUGACAUAACCCAAAAAAUGAUGUAGGCAUUAUUAGUAAGGCCAGCAUUUGUUGUCCAUUCCUAAUUGCCCUUGAGAAGGUGGUGGUGAGCUGUUACCUUGAACUGCUGCUGUCACUGUGCUGUUGGUAGGCUGUUCGGAAUGGAGUUUGAGUUUUGACCUGAGACCAGUUGAAGGAACAGCAAUAUAUUUCCAAGUCAGAAUGGUGUGUGACUUGGAGGGGAACUUGCAGGGGAUGGUGUCCUUAUGCAUCUACUGCCCAUGUUCUUCUAGGUUGUAGAGGUCACAGGUUUAGAAGGUGCUGUAAAGGAGCUUACUGAGUUAGUGCAAUAUGUCUUGUAAGUGGUAAUCAAAUGGGCUCCUUUGUGUUGAAUUAUGUAGAGUUUCUGAAUGUUUUGGACAUCUGGCAAGUAGAGAUUAUUCAGGUUUGUGUCUUUUGAUGGUAAAUAGACAAUAGGGAGUCUGGAGGUUAGAAUUGUCCACAUCUGCCCUGCUCUUGUGGCCACAGUAUUCUGUUUCUGGUCAGUAGUAAACCCCAGAAUGUUGAUGGUGCGGUAUUUGACAAUGGUAAUUAUCAAGGGGAAUAAUCCUCACUUGUUGGAGACAAAUAUUGCCUGACACUUAUCUCGCUUGAAUGUCACUUGUCAAAUCAGGCUUGGCUAUUGACUAGGUUUUGCUGCAUAUGAUUAUAGCAGAGCUGAUUAGCAGGGUCAAAGGUGUUUGAACAUUUUUAGAGCAGACAAUUUUAAAUGAGUUGUUUGGAAAUAUCACUAACAAAUUCAGUUGCUUGUCUAUUUUAAUAAAAGCUAAUUUUGUCCUCACCAUUGUGUUGCAUAAUUUGAAGAUACUUAUGUAAAUCCAAAUUGUUCUGUAUCACAUCUUUUCCCCAGUCUUGCUAUCCCCCAAUACUAGCCCAUUACCUAUCCCUUGUCUACACAUCUGUCCCUAUCCAGCUGUAAUAAAUCCCAAUCUAUCUUACACUAUACCCCAUCGGUCCUCUCCAAUCCCGUCAAGUUUUCAGAAAACUGACCCCAUUCCUUGCAAAUGUGACAUGCUCACAUUAUCUGAGCUGCGUUUUUGAAGUUCACAUCAGAAUUUCUGGUUACCCAAGUAUAAUACGAGCUUGUUAAGAAUUCACAGGGGUGCUGUUUCCAAGAGGUGUUUCCUGAUGUGAUGCUGUUCCAGUUUUGCCAAAACUGGAAAUCCUUGCCAUGUUAGCAUGAAAUGGCUAUAAAUUUGCAGCAUGUCAGUCAGCCAGUCCAUUGCUUUCAAUUUCACUGGAGACUUUAAAGUGACCAGACAGUGGGUUGUCAUUUACUUACUAGGCCCAGGCACAGUAGUCACUGAUUUUUACUUGAAAGGGAAUGUUUUUUGAGCUAUAUAGGGAAAGAAAAUUCAAGGAGGAGUGGGAUUAAUUAGACACAUCUUUCAAAGUGCUAGCACAAAUGUGAAUGAUCUUCUGUGCAUUAAGAUUCUUUGUUUCUGAGCUCUUCUCUUAUAUACCUUUCUCAAAAGAGCAUUCUUCAUAUGGGAGCUAGUCAGUGAAUUACUCCAGUUACUCCACCUGGGGAUCAGGGGAUAAAUCCCAGCUAUCCAUGAGACUGCUGACUAAUGCUCAUAUAAGCACAUUUUCAGAUGGAGUUGGUGGCUACUGAUCAUGUUUUAUCCACUCUGUUUCUCAUUGCAAGGGGACACUGAAGCUGAUUAUAACAGGUUAAACAUUGGCCUGGCUGAGAUCAGCUUCCUGGAUACAAGGCUGGGAAGCAAACCUGUGAGCUUGCAGACUGGUAUAACUUGGUGAAUCACCAAGUGAGAAAGUAGCCACCACCCUGCUCGGUGGGACAUACGCUUUAUAAUUCUCUCUUUGAAUGGUGUUCUUGCAGUUUCUAUAUGUAAAGCAUUAAGAUGCCCAUGCAAACCAGAUGGGUAUUUGAAGGCAGGUAAGGGUGGCUGUUCUUGCAGACCAAAAGAGAAAAGUUUUCCCUUUUUUAUUUCAUUGCUCGUUAUUAUUUCUUGGAGUUUUUCUGCUUCUAUUGUAUUAACUUCAAGUCCGCAGACCUGUGAGUUACUGCAUGUUCCUGCCUAACUGAUGCGUAUUCUCUUUCUGUGGAGACCAAGUAUUUCUGAAUGAUCUGUUGCUCCGGGCAUGUAUUUAUGAUGUUGCUUAAAUAAACAUAUUUCUAUGUGCAUUUUACCAUGAAUGGCCAUGAUGAUGUUUUGUAAUUCAAGAUGCCAAUUCCCCACCACCUUCACAGAGGACCUGUACUUUAAAUCCUUGAAAUCCUUUCCAAUGCUUUGAUGGAAGAUCAUUGCUUGGGAUGAUGCAUAUGUUCACAAUAAUUAUCAAUAACUCCAAUAAAGAGCUUGUUAUUUGAAUCAGUUUGAAUUUUUUCCACCAGGCUCGUCUUCUAUCCGGAAGCCUCCUGACUUAAGUGCCAUGAGUGGAAAUAUACUUUGGGCUUACCUUUUUCAUUUGCUACUUUCUUCUGCUCAUUUGCGACUCAAGCUCUUUUGAAAACUUUUGAUGUAGUUAAUACACAAGCUCCUAGAGUGGACACUCUUGUUGAAAUACAUUUAGGUGACAGUAAUUCCAGGUAUUUGUGAACCAUACAAGGUUAUUUUCCACAGGCAGCAGAAGGACACCUGGUUGGAUGAGAUGGAGGGGUGAGGUAGCGAAUGGGGUGGUCGAGAGUGAAGAUAUGCAAAAUGUUAAAGACUGACUUUACAAAGAUACUGUGGAGAAAUCAGACGAAUGGCAAAACCUGUAAGAUAGUAAACUAACAAUAACUUUCACUUGUGUAGCAUUUUUAAUGUGAUAUAAUUUCCCAAGGUGCUUAAUAGGAAUAUCAUCAAACAAAAACUUUGAUACAAUGACAAAAAGAGUUACUAUGAUAGAUGACCAAAAAGAUUGAUCAAAGACGGUGAUUGUAAGGAAUAUCUUAAAAGAAUAGAGAAAUAUGAAGAUAUUUAGGAACAAAUUUAAGGCAUUGAGAAAACUAUUAGUAUAUACGGUCCCUUCGCAGGGUAGGGUGGUAUUAAUAUCCAAAUUCAGAAUGUGUCACCAAAAUUAUUGGGUUUAUUUUCCAUUAGAAAACCAUGGGGGUAAAAUUUCUUCAGGUGGCAGUUGUUACGAAGUUGGGUAGAGUAUUUGUGAAUUGGAGGGCAGGAAGCUAAAAUGUGUGGUUAUUUUGAGAGUUGAAAUGCUUUUAAGCGUAGAGUUAAACAGAAGGUGUCUGUAAGCAGCUGGGAAAUAGUACAGACAGUUCUAAAAUUGUAACAUGCAUCCAUUAGCUGUGUGAAUAGAAACCCUCAGGCUUGUUUUGAAGACAAGUUUGAAUUUAAAACAAGCACCUAGAUACCAAAAGCCAAUCGACCUUAAAUCUGAUGGUGUUGACAACCUGA